GCAAUUACUGAUUAGCGAAUCACCGAGAUCUGAAGAGUUUUUUCUUCUCUGAUUCAUCACCACCAAGAUUCAUUCACUGUUAUCACAUCUUCCUCACUAAAUUCUCCAACAUAUUGCACAAAAACUGCAGAUCCUAAAUCCAUUGUUAGCUGCGAGAGUUGUAACUUCCUUGACCGACUAGCGACAUUUUUCUACUUUUUUUUCCCGAAGACCCAAUAGGAAUUUGUAUCGUCAUCACCGAAUUUCCCUUAGACCCAACUCAAAUCGACUGGCUUUACGGAGGCCCAGUUGAAGUUGCAGCUCUAAUUUCACUAUCCAGAUUCGAGGGGCUGUUGGAGUUGCAGCAUUAGCUACUUUCCCGGGAAAAGCGUUUUUUGUCACAUAUCCAGGGAAUGAAUGAGAGCACCUCUGCCAAAUAUAGCAUCAGUUGAUUUGCUGUAAAAUAACUAGUUUAGUUAGUUUUAGUAGUGACAGAAACAAGGACGUUAUAUCUGGGGCAUGAGUGCAUAGAUUUAAAGGGACAAAAUUUGGCACAAUGAUCAGCAAACACCUUCUGCUGACCUACCUGUAUCUCUUAGUAUAUAUAACUCUAUCCUCAGGAGUUAUUCUGUAUAACAAGUGGGUUCUCUCACCAAAGUAUUUCAAUUUCCCAUUGCCGAUAACACUUACGAUGAUUCACAUGGGCUUUUCGGCUUUUGUGGCAUUCGUUCUGAUCCGUGUUCUUAAGGUUGUAUCACCUGUGAAGAUGACAUUUGAAAUAUAUGCGACAUGUGUAAUUCCUAUUAGUGCCUUCUUUGCUGCAAGUCUAUGGUUUGGAAAUACAGCCUACUUAUUCAUAUCUGUUGCCUUCAUUCAGAUGCUCAAAGCCUUGAUGCCAGUUGCCACUUUCCUCAUGGCUGUUCUUUGUGGAACUGACAAAUUAAGAUGCGAUUUAUUUCUGAACAUGCUAUUGGUCAGUUUUGGAGUUGUGAUAUCAUCAUAUGGGGAAAUUCAUUUCAAUGUAGUGGGCACAGUUUAUCAAGUUACAGGAAUAUUUGCUGAAGCUCUUAGAUUGGUUCUUACCCAAGUUCUGCUCCAAAAGAAGGGCCUAACACUCAAUCCAAUCACAAGCUUAUAUUACAUUGCUCCAUGCAGUUUUGUGUUCCUGUUUGUACCAUGGUACCUGUUGGAGAUGCCCGGGAUUGAAGUAUCACAGAUCCGGUUCAAUUUCUGGAUAUUCUUCUCAAAUGCACUUUGUGCGUUGGCUUUGAAUUUCUCAAUCUUCCUGGUAAUUGGUAGAACUGGUGCUGUUACUAUUCGAGUUGCUGGCGUUCUAAAAGACUGGAUUCUUAUUGCCCUUUCAACUGUCAUUUUCCCGGAGUCGGCAAUCACAAAACUAAAUAUCAUCGGUUAUGCUGUUGCUCUAUGUGGUGUUGUCAUGUACAAUUACUUGAAGGCCAAUGAUGUUAGGUCAUCCCAAACUUCCGGAGAUAGUGAACGAGCAGCAAAGGAUCUGAGGUCUUCCAAUCUGUAUGGUCUGGACGAUAACUCCUCAAACAGCGGUAUGGGAGGAAAGAACGGAAGGAGUGGGUCUCAUUUAGAGGUUGUGAUAGACGAGGAAGUUCCUCUAAUUCCUGCUUCGAAGGGUCUGUUGUCGAGGUCAAAACCCAGUUAGAGAUAGAUGCUGGAAAUGAGUUACAGUUGUUCCUUCUAUUGUUGGUCUACUCCUGGAGCAGCUCUUUUUGCAGCCUAUUGUCAUUCUUUACCUAGGAGAAUUACUAUGGAUACUUGACAUUUCUUAGAACGGUUGGAGUAUACAAUGCAAUAGUUGGUUGUUUGCAUGAA